AUCACAGCCCCACCUCUCUACCACUUCCACUCCCUCCUCUUGCUCCUCUUCCAUUUUUCUCUCUCUCUCUCUCUCUCUCACUCGUAUUCGACCACCGCAGCCAUCACCAUCGUUGGGACGGAACGAACGAUCCAGCAGCACUGCAGAGCCUUCACUCUCGCCGAGCGAGCGGGCCUGCCUGCGAUAUCAAGUCUGAGUUGUUUUAUGCAAGUUUGAAGGAUGGCAUUUUCAGCGGCUGCCUCGCCCCUGUGUACUUGGUUAAUAGCUGCCUGUGUAUCUAAUUCUGUAGCAGGCCUCUCUGGUGUUGAUGCCCCUGUAAGCUCAGGGCCUCUGGGUAGAAGGCUUAAAAGGAGAAUUGCACGCUCGAAGCAAUUGGCUGCAGAAAGCUGGUUGAGCAUUGGCGUUGCAGCAGCAUCUCGUUCGAGCCAAAGUCUAGUAGCAUUUUGUGAAUCUGGUCUUUCAGAAUUAGGAACGUUUUGUGGGCUUCAAGGAUGCAAGGAGUAUAAUAACAUGAGGCCCGAGUCCCUGUUCGGGGAUGGCUUUUUUGGGGACUGUUUGGGAGGUUCAAAAGGUCCCGUUUCGAAGUCCGUUAGAGCUGGCCGGAGGUUUAGAAGAGCUGCAGCAGGAAAGGCAUCGGCUGUCACAGCCCAACCAGCGAAGGAGUCAGAGCAGAAGAAAAACAAAAAAACUGCAACAAAGAAAAGAAGAGUUGUAGUGACUGGUAUGGGUUUGGUAUCUUGUCACGGUCAUGAACCGACUCAAUUCUAUGAGAAUUUAUUGGCGGGGAAAAGUGGAAUCACUGAGAUAGAGAGAUUUGACUGCAAAGAAUUUCCAACAAGGUUUGCAGGAGAAAUUAAGUCAUUUUCGACGGAGGGCUGGGUGGCUGGAAAAUUCGCAAGACGCAUGGACAGGUUCAUGCUGUACCUUCUAACAGCAGGAAAAAAAGCCGUAAAGGACGCUGGGAUUACAGAAGAUGUCAUGAAAGACUUGGACAAGUCAAAAUGUGGUGUCCUCAUUGGUUCUGCAAUGGGAGGAAUGCAGGUAUUUAAUGAUGCCAUUGAGGCAUUAAGGGUUUCCUACCGAAAGAUGAACCCAUUUUGCGUUCCUUUCGCAACCACCAACAUGGGUUCAGCCAUGCUAGCCAUGGAUUUGGGGUGGAUGGGACCCAAUUAUUCUAUAUCCACAGCUUGUGCCACCAGCAAUUUUUGUAUACUUAGUGCCGCAAAUCACAUUAUCAGGGGUGAAGCCGACCUAAUGUUGUCAGGAGGCUCGGACGCUGCCAUCAUCCCUAUUGGUCUUGGAGGAUUCGCUGCUUGCAGAGCCCUUUCUCAGCGCAACGAUGACCCAGCCAAAGCGUCACGUCCUUGGGACCAGAAUCGGGAUGGGUUCGUCAUGGGAGAGGGAGCAGGUGUUCUCUUGCUAGAAGAGUUAGAGCAUGCCAAGGCACGGGGAGCAGAGAUAUAUGCGGAGUUUCUUGGAGGUAGCUUCACAUGUGAUGCUUAUCACAUGACAGAGCCUCACCCAGAAGGUGCUGGUGUGCUACUUUGCAUAGAGAAGGCCUUGGCUCAGUCAGGAGUAAACAAGGCUGAUGUCAACUAUGUAAAUGCUCAUGCAACCUCAACAAAAGCUGGCGAUCUGCAAGAGUACAAGGCUCUCAUGAAGGUUUUUGGUGGAAAUCCAGAGCUUAAAGUAAAUUCAACCAAGUCUAUGGUGGGUCAUUUGCUGGGUGCCGCUGGUGCCGUUGAAGCUAUUGCAACAAUCCAGGCAAUCAGAACUGGUUGGGUGCACCCUACAAUCAACCUCGAGAACCCAGAGAGUGAAGUGGAUUUGAACGUGAUUGUGGGAGGAGAGAAGCAGGAACUGGACAUCAAGGUUGCUCUUUCGAACUCCUUCGGCUUUGGGGGUCAGAAUUCAUCCGUGCUAUUCGCCCCUUACGUGGAAGCUAAUGAAGAGUGACGCAACACGCACUUCUGGAUGCACUUCCUCUCUUCCCAGACUGUACAAGUGUUUUGGCUUUGAUCUCACUUGAUGCAAGGGUGGCGUACUAGCACUAUUGCCAAUGCCAGAGAUUGGUCUUGCCAUAUAGCCUGCCUCGAAAUGUAGUGCAUCAAUAUUGCGAGCUUUUUCCUUCGUUUCACUGCUCGCUGAAAUGAAAAAAAAAUGUACAGUUCCGUAAUUCUUUUUCCUCUA